UUCAUUCAAUAGUAUGCCUAUAAAGACAUUAUCAUUUGAUGGAGGUGGUACAAUUAUUAGUAAUUAUUUCCUCCAGUCAACAGUUAUCUGAGCUGAACCAAUCAUCAACUGGUCUAUUGACUAUUUGAUACAUUACAAAUGAAUUAGUCUGAAAAACUGAAUGACAUCACUCAUGUUCCCUGAUUCAAUCCUCUCUCCUCCAGACUCUCUCAAACUUACCAAGCUCACCAGCUGAUGCCUCCCUCUUCAGCUUGUCCUCCUGGGUCUCAUGUUGUAAGUACUCUGAUCCUGAGGCUAUGGUGUAAAACAGAGAGCCUCCAUCUUCUGUUCUCCAUGGAUGACCUGACAUAUGUAGACUACUCUAUCUGGCCUUCUGAAGUCUGUCAGCCUCAGAGACACGUUGCCUCUCUCCAGCUCCUGGGUGAUCAGACUCAGUCUGCCCUCAUAGCCACUCCUCUCUGUCACCUGGCCAUUCUGAUACAGCAAUAUAAACCCAGAGACAACAUCAUUCAGUUUCAGUAGACACCAGCCGACCACAGCCAACACAGACUCAAGAUGCCUUUCAAGCCACACUACCUGUUGGUCUCCCUGACUCUCUGCUGGUUCGUGGCUCUUCAAGCAUUCCCCAUGAACGGCUGUGCUGCAUGUCAGAAGUGUCUCUGCAUCCGGACGUCCUCUGCUUUCAUCUCUCCUAGGCUGUUCCACAGGAUAGAGAUCCUACCUCCAGGUGCCCACUGUCGUCAAACAGAGAUCAUCGUUACCAAGAAGGACAAAGCCAUCGUCUGUGUGACUCCAGAUGCACGAUGGAUCAACAAAGUCAUUGCCAAGUUACAAAGAACCAACAAGAAGAAGAGAAGUGCAGAACUUCCCAUCUCAACCACCAUUGAGUGAAUUGGAACAGGAAUGUAUCAAGUUGGAGCUAAAUGGAAAUGUGAUGCCAAUGUGAUGCCAAUGUGAUGCCAAUGUGAUACCAAUGUGAUGCCAAUGUGAUGCCAAUGUGAUGCCAAUGUGAUGCCAAUGGAUUCUGUUCAAAUACGAUUCCAAUACCAAGUUAAUUAGUUUAUCUUAAAUGAUCUCAGUACGUAUUGUUAGGUUCUUAUUUUUCAGAGUAAAUAACCCACGGACACUAGAGAAGCUUUAACCAAGUUUAGUUCUUCCCAGAGGUUCUGUACAGCUGUAAUUCAGACAACCCAACAUUUGUCCCAUCCAGAUAUUUAUAUCCCACUUAAGACCCUCCUCCUUCUCUUCAAUCCUUUCAUCUUAUGGUUCUACAGGAAGAGAGUAAAAAGGGUAACAGGAUACCAAACCUUUAUUACUCCCUUCAGGUGACCUGUCCUCACCUCCUGAACUCAACCCCUCCUUCCUCUAAUCCACAGAUGUCCAUCUGUCUCCCCUGUUUCACACUUUGCUCUCCUCUCGUCCCCCAACACAUUCCACAGCUAUCUGUCUUUCUACAGAGACCCAGUCUCUUUUACUCCUUAAUAUACUAUGUGUCUAAUCUAUCAUGUCUUUAAUAUCUCAAUGUUCAAACUGUA